CAAAAAAAUUUCUCCCACUUUUUUGACUUGACCACAGAAAAAUGUCGGGACAGGAACCCCAACUAGCUAACCACCACCCCAAGGCCGCCGCCAAUCUCAACGUCGACCCACCGGAGACCGACGCCGCCGUCCCGUCCACGUGUCAUCCCCCGAGGGACUCCGACACCGCCGAAGGCGAAGCUAAAAGAUUGACCAAAUUGGGAAAAAGCCGGUCCAGAAAUUUCAAGGUGGAGUCCCCCAUGGAUUAUGGACCUGACCCAGACGGCUACUUGCCUGGUCAACCCGUCUCUUCUUCUUCUUCCUCCCGUGAAGAAAAAGUCAGCAGCCUCAAAACUGGUUUGGUUCAUGUUGCGAGGAAGAUGCCGAAAAAUGCGCAUGCCCAUUUCAUUCUGGGACUAAUGUAUCAGAGGCUGGGUCAGCCUUCAAAGGCUGUUUUGGCAUAUGAGAAGGCCGAAGAGAUUUUGCACCGGCCCGAGGUUGACAUUGAUAGAAUAGAGUUGCUUUCACUGGUUCAAAUUCAUCAUGCGCAGUGUAUUAUGCUAGAGAGUUCGGUGGAUGGUAGUUCGGAUAAAGAACUUGAACCUCAGGAGCUUGAGGAGAUUCUCUCGAAACUAAAAGAAUCGAUGCAGUCAGAUGUAAGACAGGCAGCGGUAUGGAAUACUCUCGGUUUGAUACUGCUUAAAACUGGCCGUCUGCAGAGUGCCAUUUUGGUAUUGUCAUCUUUGUUAGCAUUUGCCCCUACCAGCUAUGAUUGCCUUGCAAACCUUGGGAUUGCUUACCUUCAAAGUGGAAAUUUGGAACUGUCAGAAAAAUGUUUCCAGGAAUUGAUCCUCAAAGAUCAAAAUCAUCCCACCGCCUUGAUCAAUUAUGCUGCCCUUCUUUUAUGUAGAUAUGGUUCAGUUGUUGCAGGUGCUGGGGCAAAUGCUGGUGGAGGUGCUUCUGCAGAUCACAUUUCUGCUAUCAAUGUUGCAAAGGAGUGUUUGUUAGCAUCCUUGAAUGAAGAUCCUAAAGCAGGACAUAUCUGGGCUAAUCUUGCAAAUGCCUAUUAUAUGACUGGUGAUCAUAGAAGUUCCAGCAAGUGCUUGGAGAAGGCGGCCAAAUUAGAGCUCAAUUGUAUGUCUACACGAUAUGCUGUUGCAAUACACCGAACCAAGGAUGCAGAACGGCAUCAAGAUCCCCAUGAACUUUACUGGGCAGGAAAUGAAAUGGCUUCAGUUAUAAGAGAUGGAGACUCUGUUUCCGUUGAACUUCCCAUAGCAUGGGCAGGGCUUGCCAUGGUUCACAAAGCCCAACAUGAGAUUUCAGCAGCAUUGGCCACUGAACAGGAUGCCCUGACAGAGGUGGAAGAACACGCUGAUUACAGUUUAAAACAGGCAAUAGCUGAGGAUCCAGAUGAUGCUGUGCAAUGGCACCAGCUUGGUCUUCAUAGCCUUUGUGCGCGACAAUUCACAAAAUCUCAAAAGUACCUCAAAGCUGCAGUUGCCCGUUUUAAAGAAUGCAGUUAUGCAUGGUCAAAUCUAGGUAUCUCACUGCAGCUAUCAGAGGAGCCUUUACAAGCGGAAGAAGUAUACAUGAGGGCCUUGUCAUUGGCGACAACUGAUCUUGCCCAUGCUAUAUUCUCCAACCUCGGCAAUCUGUACCGCCAGCAGAAGCAUUAUGAACGUGCCAAGGCAAUGUUUACGAAAUCUCUUGAACUCCAGCCUGGCUAUGCUCCGGCAUUUAAUAAUUUGGGUCUUGUAUUUGUUGCUGAGGGUCAAUGGGAAGAAGCAAAGUUCUGUUUCAAUAAGGCUCUCCAGGCAGACCCAAUGAUGGAUGCUGCCAAAUCCAACUUGAUUAAAGCUGUGUCUACAUCAAGAUAAUAGACAGGCUUAAGCUCGUCUAUCUGUACCCAAGAUUAGAGUAGGUAGAUUUCCUUAGUGAUGAUUAGGGCAGUAAAAUUGUACUUAUUCAGAAGAAAAGGAGAAGGUGCCUGCCUUAAUCUAUAUGCUGCUUUUAUUUUUAUUUUUGUACAGAGAUACUUAUGAAGAGCUAGAGUUUGCAUCAUAUCACAUUCUAAUACAGAAAAUUCACCUCCCUAGUGAUUUCUGAAAACAAAAAUAAACAAUGUGUGCAAUAGUGAGCAAUUUAUAAUCGGUUUUGCAUGCUGAUGUUUGUGAAUGCCAAAUGUGUCUCCAAAUAUCACAACCCGUGAUUCACCAGUAUUACUACUUUUAUUUAUUCUCUAUGCUGUAAAAUUCAAAAAAUUAUUUAAUUAAGUGGAUUUGUUUCCUUUAAACUAUAUGCUCAUCUCAUAAAUUUCGAGUUCUCACUUUUGAUUCAUAUCGUCAAAGACGUGACCCAAUGCGUAUAGUUUCAACUCGAUGUAUCUAGACACUUCCGUUUCAUCGAGUUGAUUGAUUUUCCACCACUAGUUCUCAUUGAUUUUCCACCACUAGUUCUCAUUGAUGUAAAGCUCUCAGUUGUGACUCUAGAGACUACUAUGCUUCCUUGCAAAGUUGGAAUAACGGCCUUGGACGCCCAUAUAUUUUCCUCGUUGAGUCCCUAAUGACCAAGAAACCGUGUAGGAAAUCCACUCAAGGUAUAGUAUAGGUACUAAUGGCUUCAAGCUUAGGUACCAUGGCUAUCCUCAAUGUUAGAAGCUUCACCAUCAAAUCAUCCAAAAACAGAAGCCCCUGCAAACCGACUAUAAAAACAGUAUCCCUUCUCUCCCACAAAGACCUACCUAUAAGCUUCACUGCCUUCAAAUCCAUGGUGUACGACGAAACUUCCGGUUCCCCAAGCAGGACUACGGCCAUUACCGGUACCAUCCUGUCCACCUUGAUCUCUUCUGAUCCUGCUUUGAGUGCACAACGAGUUGCAGAUGUCGCAGAAGGUGAUAAUCGUGCCUUGGCACUCCUACUACCUAUCAUUCCAGCUAUACUUUGGGUGCUUUACAACAUCCUUGAGCCAGCUUUAAACCAAAUCAACAGAAUGCAAAGUGAAAAGGGAGUCACUAGCCGAAAAAGGAAGUGAGAAAGCCACAAAGGUUUCUUUUCACAAGCUGGUCACUCAUGUAGCUAAUAGAAGUAAGUCAGGGUAGGAAAAACAUAUGUUUGUAUUAUUUGACGUUGUAUCUGAUGUGUUGGUUGGGUGAUUCAAAAAGCUUUACUAUGGUU